AUGGAAGCGAGCCUUGAAGCAGCAGCGACUAGAGCUAUCGAAGCCUGCCAAACCGAGCUUUUAGACUUAAUCAACAACCCUCAGCGCCGAUGGGAAAGUCUCGACACCAAAAAAGGCAUUGUUCGUUCUCGUCUCGAAACAGGGGACGGAAUCAACAUUGUCAGGUCUUCAGGAACCAUCAAUCGUCCAGCCCAACAAGUAGUAGACGCUCUCUGGGACUAUUCAAGAAAGCGUGAAUGGGACAAACAAUGCAUGGCCAGCACCUUGGUCCAAGAUUUUCCAUCAGGCGUCAGAGUCCUUUACAAUGCUUUCAAGUCCCCUUGGCCUGUCGCUGACAGAGACUUCUGCUUUGCUAUGAAAAUCAUCAGAAUGGGAAACCACACCUUGAUCCCAGCCAUCAACGUAGUGACACCUCAGUGCCCAGCAAAGGACGGGUUUGAAAGAGGAGAAAUGAGGGCUUCUGGGUUUUAUGUGGAAAGCUUGAGUGACGCUAACACUUGCAGACUUACCUAUGUCGUAAACGUUGAUCCAAAAGGAUUGAUUCCGAAUAUGGUCACUAAUAAAGUCCAAGAAGAGCAGUCUAUGAACGUCCACAAGCUUAGGAAAUUCUUGGGAGACAGAGAAAAGCGUAGAUAA